UUGAAAGAUCAAAUAGCUGCAACUUAGGGUAUUCAGAUAAGAAGACGGUCGCCAACGGGCUCCUUUGCAUAAUGUUUGUUCGUUCGAGUUUUGGAUGCAAAAUGAAGGGAAUACUCCUUGAAACAUACUAAAAGAUAUUUUAUGGAACAAAGAUACAGAGGUUACAUAGCGUUGGCAAAAGAAAUGUCAGCAACCGAUGGGAGUUGUGAUGUUCGUGUUGUUGUUGAUAAAUUGAUGCCUUACAAAAGGAAGACAUCAGGUGGUCGACGCAGGUACAAAGCUCUCUGCAUGAAGUACAUCUAUCUUUUGGAACGAAGUGAUAGCGAAGAACAUGAUCCUUUUCAGGGCGUUUAUGGUGGAGUUUGGCCUAGCAUUUUAAAGUCGGACCUGUUUGGGUGCAACAACACGGUCAACGUCCAGAAAUUAAUCAAAUGUAUAGUUGGUGAUGGCAGCUCUAUUUGGUUCUGGUUUGAUGCUUGGGUGGCGAACGUAACUCUUCAGUCUCUCUACCCGGCCUUAUUUCAGCUUGAAACUAAUAAACACUGUACGGUCAAAGAUCACAUCCCCACCACGCCGAAGACUACGAGGUUGACGUGGGUCUGGUCUUAUGAACUGGUUUCCGCUGAUGAGCGAAUGAACUUUGGGAUUGUUGCAACCGGUUGUUUGGGAUCAACAUCCCUGGUGGGGGCUUGA